AUGGCGCCUGGAGAGAAGAUCAAAGCCAAAAUCAAAAAGAAUCUGCCUGUUCGAGGCCCCCAGGCACCGACUAUUAAGGACCUGAUGCAUUGGUACUGCCUGAACACCAACACCCACGGCUGCCGCCGCAUCGUGGUGUCCCGAGGCCGCCUUCGGCGCCUGCUGUGGAUCGCGUUCACGCUGACCGCAGUGGCCCUCAUUAUCUGGCAGUGCGCCCUCCUUGUCUUCUCUUUCUACACCGUCUCUGUCUCCAUCAAAGUCCACUUCCAGAAACUGGAUUUCCCUGCCGUCACUAUCUGCAAUAUCAAUCCCUACAAGUACAGUGCUGUGAGUGACCUUCUGACUGACUUGGAUGGUGAGACAAAACAGGCCUUGCUAUCCUUGUAUGGGGUCAAAGAUGUAUCAGAAUCUCGGAAACGUCGGGAAGCAGGAUCCAUGCGGUCCAACUGGGAAGGCACACCACCCAGAUUCCUCAACCUGAUCCCACUGCUGGUCUUCAACGAGAACGAGAAGGGAAAGGCCAGGGACUUCUUCACUGGUCGGAAGCGGAAAAUCAGUGGGAAAAUUAUUCACAAGGCUUCUAGUGUCAUGCACGUUCACAAGUCAAACAAACUGGUGGGAUUUCAAUUGUGCUCAAAUGACACCUCUGAUUGCGCCACCUACACCUUCAGCUCAGGAAUCAAUGCCAUCCAGGAGUGGUACAAGCUUCACUACAUGAAUAUCAUGGCACAGGUGCCUCUAGAGAAGAAAAUCAACAUGAGCUAUUCUGCCGAAGAACUGCUGGUGACCUGCUUCUUCGAUGGGAUGUCCUGUGAUGCCAGGAACUUCACGCUUUUCCACCAUCCAAUGUAUGGGAACUGCUACACGUUCAACAACAGAGAGAAUGCCACCAUCCUCAGCACCUCCAUGGGAGGCAGUGAGUAUGGGCUACAAGUCAUCUUAUACAUAAACGAAGAUGAAUAUAACCCCUUCCUGGUGUCCUCCACUGGAGCCAAGGUGCUUAUCCAUCAGCAGAAUGAAUACCCCUUCAUCGAAGACGUGGGGACUGAGAUCGAGACAGCAAUGUCCACUUCCAUAGGAAUGCACCUGACAGAAUCCUUCAAGCUGAGUGAACCUUACAGCCAGUGCACAGAGGACGGCAGUGAUGUGCCCGUCACAAACAUCUACAAUGCUGCCUACUCCCUCCAGAUCUGCCUUUAUUCAUGCUUCCAAACGAAGAUGGUAGAAAAAUGUGGCUGUGCCCAGUAUAGCCAGCCUCUGCCCCCAGCAGCCAAUUACUGCAACUACCAGCAACACCCCAACUGGAUGUAUUGCUACUACCAGCUGUACCAGGCCUUUGUCCGGGAAGAACUGGGCUGCCAAUCUGUGUGCAAGCAAUCCUGCAGCUUUAAGGAAUGGACACUGACCACCAGCUUGGCACAAUGGCCAUCUGAGGCUUCCGAGAAAUGGUUGCUGAAUGUUCUCACCUGGGACCAAAGCCAGCAAAUAAACAAAAAGCUCAACAAGACGGACCUGGCCAAGCUCUUGAUAUUCUACAAAGACCUGAACCAAAGAUCCAUCAUGGAGAGCCCAGCCAACAGUAUUGAGAUGCUUCUGUCCAACUUCGGUGGACAGCUCGGCCUGUGGAUGAGCUGUUCAGUCGUCUGUGUCAUCGAAAUCAUCGAAGUCUUCUUCAUUGACUUCUUCUCUAUUAUCGCCCGCCGUCAGUGGCAGAAAGCCAAGGAUUGGUGGGCCCGUAGGCGGACACUGCCCUCCACUGAGACUUCCUCCAGCCAGCAGGGCCAGGAUAAUCCAGCUCUGGAUACGGACGACGAGCUGCCCACUUUCACCUCUGCCAUGCGGCUGCCUCCAGCCCCGGAGGCCACAGUGCCUGGCACACCACCCCCUAGAUACAACACCCUACGCUUGGACAGAGCCUUUUCCUCCCAGCUCACAGACACUCAGAUGACCAAUGAGUUGUAA